GAGGAUAUAAGCCAAAAUGGCUGCCACGACGUCGUCGGCAGGAGCAACGAACAGAGAGCAAGCUGACCGUCACAUGGAGAUGAUACGGUAUCGAGGGUAUUCUGUCAGAAGUAUUCCACUUGAUAGAAACAUGGAACACGCUGCAGGACCAAGCCCACCAGUAGAACAAGGUGUCCAAUUGGAACAAGAUCUAGAAGAAAUUAUUGAUAUUCAUGAGGUGGAUGAUGAAGAAGAAGAAGAUGAAGACCAGAAUUUGAUAGAACCCGUACGAUUGACACCGCCGAAUCCCGUUCCUUGUCAACUGGACAAGUUUCAUCGGUACCUAAAAAUUGGCUUCUUCCUGGCUUCAAUUGAAGUUCUUUCCGAUAGAUCCGAUGGCAAUAUAGAAGAAAUUCGUGAGCACGCAAAGAAUAAGUUCGAAGAACUUGUUAAGAGCACAGGAGAAAUGCUUGAGCCAGAAAUCCCAGUAAAAGAACCAUGUGGCACGUCGAAAAUCAAACGUGAUUUGAAGAGGAUGUCAAAACAUUUGAAAUUUUUCAACGAACUUUUCAUAAAAUUCGUCUCGGAAUUUGAUGGUUCACCGGUGCGUCUCAACAAAUUGCGAAGAGCUACAGGUUUCAUCAAAGGAAUAUUGGUUUUGGAGAAUAUUUCAGUCUUUAAUAUCCCACAAACCUCGACACCUGGAAAUUAUGCCAAAGACUUGGACAUUUUUAAAGUAAAUGCACUUCUCUUCAUGCAGUAUCUCAAGUUUCUCGAAAACCAAUAAGGAGCAGCAACACCAACUGCAUCUUGCAGAUACCCGUUCAUUUUAAUUAUACACGUUUUCUUCAUGUUUUACUCAUUUUCACUCAUCUUUCCAUGUCAAUCUCCUCUUUCCAAAUCUGCCAGAAGUGAUUUUUCAAUCGAGCACCCUGUGACAAAGUUCUUAAUUCAAAUUUAUUUUUUUCUGUGAAUUAUAAUUUUUCUUCAACAUUAAUCGUGAAAAAUAAAUCAUUUUACAUUUU